UGCUCAUUCGAUGUGCGAAAAAUGGCGGCCUCCAUGAAGAGCAAGUUUUGUGAUCGCCUUGAAGUCCAAGAUAGAUUCCGUAUCAACUUAGAGUCUAUUAUUAAUAAAUAUGACAAACCGUUUGAAGAUUCUCCCAUUCUUGAUCUGGAUAAUAUGUCUUCUGAUUCAGAUUUUCUAAAGAGCUGUAGUCCAUUCACACCAUUUGGUCGUACACCAUUAGCAACAGAUUUGCAGAAAGGGAAGAAGAGGAAAGGAGGAGUAAGCGGUGACAGCGCUCUGGGAUCUACUCUCUCUCCUUCUAAGAGCAAUGAAUCAUCAGAUGAAGAAUUAGCAGGGAAUAUAUAUCUGGAAAAUUAUGAUUUCACACAUGAGAAUUCUGACCACCUUGGGGCUUUCAUUCGAUAUCGACACCACUCCAUGUUAAACAAGCCUGAGAUUGCUGGCCUAAAAAGAGCUGGAAGAGAGUAUGGUGAUAGCCAAGACUCUGAUGAUGAUCUUGGAUCUGUGUGUAGUGGACCUACAGUGGCUCCCUUUACAGAAGAGAAUUGCCAAGAGAUGAUACUAAGCGACCAUGCUGACAUGAUUGACGAGGACAGAAUAGAGACCGUUAGUGAUGGUGGUCUUCAGGAACAAUCCCCUAAAGACAAAGUGAAAAGCUGGCUGAGUGACGAUGCUUUCAUGAAUACUAGUCAUCAGAGUAACAUGGAUGAUGCCUCGGAUGUAUCUUUCUCAGAACUGGAUGAAUCUAGCCAGGAGUCCGAGCUUCAGUCGACCCAGAGUGACGACGAAACAUCACAGGAUGACAAAGGAAAAUCUUUGUUGGAGAUUAAAGAGAGGUUUGUCAGAAAAGUUCAGUCAAUGCUGGUCGAAGGAAAUAAUGAGAGCGAAGAUAUUUCAUCGUCAGCUGAUGAGAAUGUAGUCUUUGUUCAGGGAGUGGCUGUUGGAAGAACUGAAAGACAGAGCCAUGCUGCAUCCAGGAAUGUCCAUGUGAAUGGUGAUGAGAGGGGCAGAUCUGAUUUGAGGGAUCAAUGUAAAACAGAUGGAAGUACUUCAAGGAGAUUAUUCAAAGCACCUUUAUCAUCAACAAUUUGCCAUGAGGAUUCUUCUCAUAGAGGAAAUCUUGAUUUCUCUACAGCGAAGCCUGUAACACUGAGGGAUGAGACAACGAUAAUAGCUGGUCACAUUGAUGAUGGUAUUUUGAGUUUAUCCAGAUGUGAAGAUGAAGACAGAGUUGGACCUGAUGAAUCAAAGUUUGGAAGGUGUUUUGAGUUGUUGCAUUCACCAGCUGGAAAAAUGGAGUGGACACCACAUCAAAGAAACAGUUCUACAAAGAAAAGCUUACCAUUUAGUUUUCAACAAUUAAAGGACAAAAGAGAUUUUAUUAGAGGCAGUCAAUCAUCAUCUUGUGUGACACCAAAGAAAACAUUGGUUUUAGAUAAUCUUCCUAUCAAGGCGAAUACGCCCAGGGCAACGUCAGAGAGUGCUGAAGUGUCACAGGAUGUUAUUAGUGAAAUUAUGGACUUCUUCAAGUCUCCUUUGCCAAAGCUGUUGACAAGUCCAAUGCCGAUUCUAUCACCAAAGGGCAGACUUCGGACUGCCCAUGGUAAACCAGUGACAAGAAGUUCAUUUCCAAAGUCAAGUGGUGCUGGAAUGACUACCUCAUCAGCAAUAGCAGGAGACAAAAGUGCAUCAAUAAGACCAAGUGGCAUUAGAUCUUUUGAGUCAACAGAUUUUGUAUCCAAAAAGAGCAGUGCUUCUCAGAGCCAUUCUUCAAAUUGUAACGUGUUGACUGAGAAUAGGACUAAAAUAAACCAAGGUUCAAGCAGGAGUCCAACAGAUAGCACCUCGUAUACAAGCAAACAACCUCAUGGUGUUCAGGAAACAGAUGCAGGGAUACAUUCAGAUGAACAAUCGUUUAAUACAGAUGAAGAGGAAGAUAUUCUCCUUUUGACAGCUAGCAGCAAUGAAGAGUCAAUGACAUCACCAAAGCAAUCAGUGGCAAAGGCAUCCGAUUUGUCACAGAAUCAAAAGACUCCAACUCAAUCGAGCAAUGCUGCUCAAGCUUAUGAUAGAGUUUCAAGAACACCUGGCAUCAGCUCACCUUUUAGUCAUAUGAGUGUCAAUUCUGCUGAAAAACAUCAACCAAACCCAAGACAUUCUAGAGAGAAAGGCAUUCGGGAUAAACUGUCACAUCCCCCUAAGACUCUGGUAUUUAGUGAAAGUAAAUCUCUAGAUGGUUUAGAUAGAAAUCUAGGUACGGAAUUACUGGUUCUCUCUAGUGAUGAUGAGGAGGAGGAUGACUAUGAUAAUGGAAUGCAUUCCAAAAUAGAACAGAGAGCGGGUAAACCAGAAAUGGGUAAUCUAGUAAGUUGCAAGAAACCUCCACAGAACAUAUACCCCAAAUCUGCUUCCCAAGUAGAUGCCAUGGAGAAUCACACUGAUGCUAAAAACAGAAUAGAAUCCAAACAUGUUGGAAAUCAUGCCUUUGAUUCAGUCGAGGAGUUAUCCUUCAUUACAGGAAAGGUGACCAACAUUCCUGCAUGUAAGAAGAUCAGUCAGUUUGAAGAGACAUACAUUGUAAGAGACGGUGCGAAAAAGUCUUCCAUACCUCAUAAAAAUUCUCCAUCAAGGAACAAGACUGAUAGAGACAGACAGUGGUUGAAAGAAAGGGCUCAGAGAUCAAGAUCUCCAGGAGAGUUCAAGUUACCUGAAAGAAGGAAAGAAGGGACCAAAUCAAAUGAACUAGAAGAUAAGAAUUCAAGAAGUCAUAGAGUAAAGGAUGGUAAUACUUGUUCAACCAGGAUGGACUCUACCAAGAAAAUAUACAUAACGCAUUCUGCUAUACCUAUGAAGAUAAAAGAUUCUUCUCACAGACACGAGGAAGAUUCUGCAGACUUUCAAAAAUAUAAAAUGCAAAAUGGUGUCACAUAUUUGGCCAAAGAUAGACAAUUCAACAGUCACAUGGCUAAGGGGAAGCACCAACGUCAUCACUCAGACAUUUCAACAGAGAGAAGUGAUGCCACAUUCACAAUUAAUUGUGGAUGGACAAAGGUUAUCCCAACUACAAGUAGAAAGGAAAUUUCUCACAGAUCUCAACCUCAAGUUACAAGAGAUAUCCCAAGUGCUCUAACAGAGGAAAACCGAAGCUGUAGGACACCUAAGGCUAAAUACAGUUCAGUAUCAAAGAACAGCAUUGUGACCUGUGAUAAAUCGGAAGAUAACUACAGAUCAAAUCCCAUAUCUAAACCUACUUGGGUAAACGACAGAUCAAGCCACAUUGAUGUUCAACCAAUAUCUUCAAGGCCUCCAAAACUUGAGGAUAGGGAUUCAUGUAGCACAAAAGCCACUAAAUACCUUGCCAGAGAUGUGUCUUUCCUAUCAUCCACCAGGAUAGAUGAAGAUGAAGCAGGAAAUAAGGAUAUCAGAUUGAGUAGGAAGAAUCAUGAAGAGAAGAGGGUUCCCCAGACUCAGAAAGAAAUCAUCCAGGAUAAAUCCCUCGAGGCAAAGACAGUGACUCCAUCAAAGCGUAGAAGACCAACCUCAGAUAGAACUAAUAGCCAGGAAUCACCUGCAAAGAAACAAGUCAGUACAAGGAUAUCUCCUCGAAGAGAAAGAAUAUCUUCUGAUAGAAUUAAUAAACAGGAUUCACUCACAAGUAGACAAAUCAGUACAAGGAUAUCUCCUCGAAGAGAAAGAACGUCUUCUGAUAGAACUUAUAGACAGGAUCCACCCACAAAUAGACAAGUCAGUACAAAGAUAUCUCCUCAAAGAGAAAGAAUAUUUCUGGACAGAGCUUGUAGAAGAAGAAUAGCAGAUAGAAGUGGUAAUGACAGAGACCAGAGUGAUGAUAGUGUAUCUUCCUUUUCAGUAUCUUCUAUGUGUGAAGGGCCUGAUGUAUGUACCAAGAAGAUAUGCUUCAGAUGUGCAAUGAAGGAUUGAGGGUGAUUGUAUUUUCAGAAUGUACUGAUGUAUUUUAACCAUCAUGUUUUUAAUGUGACCUCACACAUCAUAUUAAAGUGGAGUGAGCUUCUUUACAGGCAUUAGAUGCCUGAAAAAAAUUCAGUGAUAAAUGUCUAGGAACUUAAUUUCACAGAUUUUUCAUCUUGGGACCAACGUGAUUAAAUAUCCCUUUGAAUAAUCGCAUGUGCUAUGAUUCUAAUGAUAUAUCUUCAAGAAUGUUCAAGGGAGCAUUUUAUGAUACAAUGAUUUUCACUGACUAUUUGUUAAGUUGUUGAAGUCUAGGGCCCGUACUCUGAACUCUGAUUUAACUUAGACCAUGGUCUAACUCUCUGCUAAAAUUAUGGAAAGCCAAAAGUAUUAAAACUUUUAUUAAGUUGUUUGUUUCUUAUGUUUACUGUGCUCUUUUAUGAUUCAUCGAUGGUGAAGACAAUAAUCUAUUAAUACUUCCUAAACAAUUGAGAAUGAUUUGAGAGCCACAUGAGCUGAAAUAUGGAAUCUCUACUGUUAGGGAUUUAUGGAACAAUUGGCAAUCCAUACUUACACCACAACUGUAUACCUGAGUUUAAGUUAAACCCGAAUUCAGAAUACAGGCCCAUGUCUUUCCUUGGUGUAUACCAAAUUUGUCAAUUAAAAAUCACAUGAUGAUUGAUAAAACACUCCAUUGUAAUGCAGAACCUUACAAGGUGGAAGGGAUACCCUGUGUAUAUUGAAAAUAUGUGUUUUUUUUUAUCAAAAUGGACUGCAAAUAAGAAACAAAUUCAAGCUUAAAAAGACAUUGUGAAAUUAUUAAAGAAAGUAGGAUUCCCCAUACAAAAUGGUUUGUAAGACUUUGAGAGAGAGAGAGAGAGAGUAAAGAAGUUUGUUAUGGCUACCUGUCCCCCUCGUAUGAUGCAACUAUUUAGGCUUUGCAAUCAGGGUAAUUUUGAAAUUAAAAUAAGAUUUCUUAUUAAAGGGUAAGUCCACCCAUAACAAAAAGUGUAUUUGAAUAAAUAGAGAAAAGUAAACAAGCAAUUUGCUGAAAUUUGAAUUGAUAUUGGAUGUAGAAUAAGAUAUAUUUUAAAGUGUCACUUAUUUUCACAGAAUAGUUAUACAUGUAUGCUCAGCAUGGGUGAUAAGUGAAUGAGAGAGUCGAUAAUGUCACUCAUCUAUAUGAAAUAUGGAAUAUCUAAAUUUCUGCUGAUUUUAUAUCAAAUAAUCAGAAGAGGUUGCAACAAUAGAAUUCCCUCAUAUGCAAUGAGGAAUCAAACCUCUUUUCACAUUUCUUAUUUCAUGCUCGACUUUGAUGAAAGUUUUAGUGCCUUCUUUUUUUCCCUAUUUUUCUCCUUCAAUCCAAAUCUACCUUUAGUUGGGGAUUGCUUUCAUUUUAAUGAACAAUGUAGUGUAUUAGAGUGAUGCAAUAUGUAAUUGAGUUUAUGUUAUCCUUUAGAAGCUAUACUUUUUAGGGAAGUGUCCUGAAUUGAAGUUUGACUCCUCCGUAUAGGAAGUCUUUUUUAUUAUUAUGGGUAAUAAAAUUAUAAUGAAAUAGAAUGUCUAAUAUUUUCCACUGUAGAGAAUAUAAGUGAAUCUGUUCAUCAGAUAAUGGGUUGUAUCUCAGGUGAAUUGCCACUUGGCUUAUCCCUCAUAGUCUUAUAAUCCCAGUUCAUCUACAGCCAGUAAGUUUACUGAAACCAUUUGAUCUAAUUGAAAUUUAGCCUAUACUUUGACUGAUUUCCAGUUAAAGGUGCUGUGCAUCUUUUCAUAUUGCCUUUUCAACAUUCCUUAUCAUAUUCAUUAUUGAUGAAAAAUGUGAAAACUGCAUUGGGGAUUCCUGUGGGAAAUAUGCAGUUCUUAAUUUUGACGGGGUGCCUUAUGCUUGCGACGGUGUUAAAUGAAAUUUUGUAAAACUAAUUGUAAAUGUAAUUAUUGUAUGUGUGUGAUAAACCCAGCAAGAAAUUUUGAAUACUGUAAUCUCAAAGGUUUGCUGCACUGUAUCUAUCAAAAGUGUCAUGUUCUUAACAUAAUCAAUUCAUUAUUUAUCAAAUUUUAAUUUAAUCUGAUCCUGGCCACUUCUUUAGGGGGGGGGGGCCACUUACAUUGACGAGUG